UGUGACUGAAAAAACCGCGUUUGUACGUGAUGAUUUUAAAAUUUUAUUUGAAUAUUUCUUUUUUUCAAUAAUAACAAUGGCCGAAGGUAAGGGGGAGGCAGUAAAAAGCAAUUAGCCCUUGUCACUGACACCAUGUAAAAUAAAAUAAAAUGAAACAGUCAAGAAGGAAAUGGAGGAAAAGAAGAGAAUCCAAGAAGAUUACUCUCAAUGGAAAAAGACAGCACCUGUUUUAUACGACAUGGUGAUCACGCACAACCUAACCUGGCCUACGUUAACUUGCCAAUGGCUUCCAACCAAAGAAAGCACGGAUGGAUGUAUCAAACAAGAGUUAUUGAUCGGUACACAUACCAACGACGAAGAAGAUAAUUAUGCACAGAUUUUAGAAAUGGAUAUUCCUCAGCAAAAUUCUAAGCAAGCGGAAGAAAAGACAAGGAUGCACAUUACACAAAAAAUGUGUCAUGAAGGAGAAGUGAAUAAGGCACGUUAUCAACCCCACCAACCGAAUAUUUUCGCAACCAAGACACGGGAUGGAGAUGUUCUCGUGUUUGACCGUGCUCAAACUUCCCCCAUUUUAAGAUUAAAAGGUCAUACGAUGGAAGGCUAUGGUCUGGCUUGGAACCCUCAUGCAGCCAAAAAGAAUCAUCUCCUUAGUGCUGGUUUUGAUAACACUGUGUGUCAUUGGGAUAUUGGAUUAGCACCAAAUAGCGAUAGAGAAUUACAGCCUUAUCAAAGAUAUGAAGGUCAUACGGGUUGCGUAGAGGAUGUGAGUUGGAAUUCCGCCAAUGACUCUAUCUUUGCAUCAGUAGCUGAUGAUAUGAAAUUAAAAAUUUGGGAUUGUCGUGAUCCUGUCAAAGCAGUUCAAAGUGUGCAGGCUCAUGAGGCAGAAGUGAAUACAGUGGCAUUUCAUCCUACUAAGGAUUGGAUGAUAGCUACAGGCAGUACUGACAAGACGGUUGGAUUGUUUGAUAUUCGUAAAAUUGAUAACAAAUUACACUCAAUGGAGUUACAUGAAGGAGAGGUCACGCAGGUAUCCUGGAGUCCCCAUGAUGAACCCAUCUUGGCAUCAGCAGGUACAGAUCGUAGAAUUGUUAUUUGGGACUUGAGACAUAUUGGUGAAGAGCAAACACCAGAGGACGCUGAAGACGGUCCUCCAGAAAUCAUGUUUGUUCAUAGUGGUCAUACAAGUAGAAUUUCAGAUUUUAGUUGGAACCCUCACGAUAGAUGGGUAUUGGCAAGUGCUGCAGAAGACAAUGUUGUUCAAGUCUGGCAAAUGUCAAGAAAUAUCUAUGCAAACACAGACUUUUUAGAAGUUGCAUCGUCUCAAUUAGAAUAAAUAAACAAAAAUGAUUGUAAGUGUGUCCCAUAAUAAUAAUCAUAUGCACGUGGAUACUGUGAAAAAGAGAGUGUGUGAGUGGGUUUAUAUUUCCUAUCGCCCCUUUUCUUCCCCUGUUCCGUCAUCGUCAGCCAAUCGUAUAUCAACGUUUAUAGUACACUCUCAAAUAGAAAAAAGAGGGGCACAGACAAAAAUAGGACCCGAG